AUGAGCGGCAGAUCGACUCCGGCGCAGAAUGGCAGCCAGCGAAGAUCACAGAACCUCUCCCAAAUACGGAAGGCACAGAUGAACGAUGCCAGACCCCAGAGCAGAAACAGCAACAAUGUGCUCACUUCCUUACGAGCGACACAGAUCGUGGCUUCGAAGCCGGUCUUGCCAGCCGAGCUCAUCGCCACGAUAUUGGACUACCUACCAGUACCAGAUCUCAUGAGAUUUGCUUUGGUGUCGAGGAGACUCAAUGAAAUGGUAUAUGAUGAUACACGAUGGACACAGAAGCUUCGGAAUAUGGGCUUGUGGAAUGAGAAUGAAGCUAGGCAACGAUUUGACGAGGCGGUGAAGAGGAAAGCAGAUGCUCAGAGGGCGAAGGAGAUGGAUGAGGCACGGCGGACUGGCGCGAAUCUGCCUGGGAGUGUCAAUGGCGUAGCUGGUGGAGGUGGGAGACCGCAUGCAGGUAGUGAGACGCUGUUCGAUGCUGGUGUGGAGGAGGAACGGCACAGGAAGUCUAUAGAGCGGGCUGCUGUGAAGCGGCGAGCAACGUUUUCAGAUGGUUUCGAUGAGUCGACGACCUCGCCUGGGAUGUUGAAAGCUGCCUGGGAUCCGUCUAUCGCUUUAAAUGUUCUGAAAACGUUCAAGUCCAUUCGAGGAAAGGCGCGACUAGAGUUCGGUAGAGUGUAUGGCGCACUGAAUCCAUUGUACACCGAUCUAGCUCGCUGCAAAGGCCACUCGGACGCACUCGUCUUCCGCAGCUAUCGAGACCCGGAGGAACAGGCGCAAAUACUCGCCAACCUCAAGCGCUUUGCACAAUGCGACAGUGCUCAAGGAUGGCAGUCACGGGAGCAGAAGCUCGAUAGCAUGAUCGGUGUUUUCGAGAACGCCGUCCUGCGCGAGUUCGAGCAAGGCUAUGCAGCUGGUGAUGUCGAUGGCCGGAUGCAGCGAUAUGCUCACGUUCUGGUGACGAUCAAUGGUGGGAAUGCGGCGAUCGAUGCUUUUAUCUCGAAUCACCCAGUCAUGGCUCGUAAUAUUCGCGCGGGCAAUCCACUCGACUGCCUCGAAGCUGUCGCCCCUGGCCAUGUCGAUCUAGGUGCAUCGCAAGCAUUCUUUGAGAAGCUUGCAAGCAUGAUGGUCGAGCAAGCUGGCAUUGCUGAUCGUGUCUUCCCUCGAGACGUCGAUAUUCUGACUCCUUUUCUUACGCAAUUGUGCGAGGAGAUCAUCGCCGACUACCUCACUGCGCUAUUUGAUGAAGCUCAUCUUAAAGGCAUCGAGACGUAUGUCAAAGCUGUCUCUGGUACAUUCGAGCAGUCCCUACGAUUUGUCGCAUCAUUAGUGCCGACCAAAGCGUCGCCAAGAGACUUCCGACAUGCGGCAAAAGUAUCAGUGACACAAUGCUACGAGAAGCAUAUCGAUCUAUACCUACUCGAAGAAAUGUCAGUUUUCAGAUCUAAGUCAGAGGCAGAGGUUGGACACUGGGAGAAAGAGCAGAUGGACCAGGAAGCCUCGAGCGAAGCAUUCUUUAUGUCGAACAUUAAUCGACAAGCUGCCAAACGAGACUUCCUAUCUUCGUUCAAGAAAGUGGUAAUGAUGCCUGUGAACGUGCUACCAGCGUUUCCAUUGUCAUCGCCUUUCGCUUCAGCGAGGCCAGCGGCAGCGGCCAACAAUACUACUGCAGCCCUGGCUGGUGUCGACACUGCAUAUUCGCGUCCGCGGACACCAACGCUGAGCGAUUCAGCUACACCUAACAGGAUCUCCACUCCUGCUCCCGAGCCACCAUCCACAGAACUGGCCGCGAAAGCUGCAAUCAUGAAUUCGCGACUGGAAGGCAUCAAAUCUCUAUUCAGCAUCGAAGUAGCUCUGAACCUCACUCACUUUGCGAAGACUUCGCUUGAGCGAGCUGCGAACAUGGUGCGCAUGGGCGGUAAGCAGGGCGAAGAAGCUAGACAACAGUGUGAGAUCAUCUUCGUCACUAUGCUUGGCAUUCUUGGUGACCGACAUAUCAAGAAUGGCUUUGACAAGGCAGUCGGACACCUUGGCGCAUACAACCCACGACAAGUCCGAGAAUUUCGAGCGAAGGCCAUGGCAGGCGAAGAUCUCGAAGGCGAAGCUAUCGGCGUGGAACCAUUGGUCACUUUUCUCGAGCUGGUCAAUGUUGGGGAUCUGAUCCAGCAGAUGGUAGACGUCUUCUACGCGCAAGAACUCGUGGCGACCAAACUCACCGAUCGCGAUGACUUCCUCGACCCAGCAGUCAAAGAGAAAAAGCGCUUCGAGCAAAUGCUAGACGAACGUGUCGCAGCUGGUCUGAAUAAAGGCAUAGAUGUUCUGAUGGACGAAGUCGAAUACAUUUGUGCCUCGACCCAACAAGCUACAGACUUCAAUCCAGGUAUCGACAAAGCAGGCGAGAAGAACAGCAGCACCAACUCCGGCGUCGUCGACAUUGGACCGAGCAACACCGCUAAGCAAGUCAUUACCAUGAUCGGUGGCCAUACCAGCAUGCUAGUAGGCAGUACAGACAAGAACAUGCUAGACAUCUUCAUGCAAGAAGUCGGGCUGCGACUCUUCGGUGUGCUGUGCAAGCACUUCAAGCGCCAACGCAUUAGUGUUGAUGGAGCUAUCAAGAUCAUCUCGGAUAUCAACCACUACAGCGCUUUCAUCUCAACGUUACGCCAGAAACCACUUAUGCCGUAUUUCCAGGCUUUGCGGGAGCUAGGGCAGAUAUACCUUGUGCAGAUCGAUCCGCCAGCGGCUUAUUUUGGUGGUCCGAAGAAUGGGAAGAGGGUUAGUGUGUUCUCUACCAAGCUCUCGAAGACCGCGAUGCAAGCUAAGGAGUUGGCGGCGAUUAUUGCGGAUACGCAACGCUAUUGUGGUGUGCUUACCACGGAGGAAGUUUUCGAGUUUGCGACACGAAGGGCUGAUUGGUUGGUCGUGAAGGGUGAUGUCGAAGGAGCUAUGUAUGGUGUCGGCUGCUCUGUCAUGUGA